AAGUAGGUUGUAGCGUGUAAGCGUGUUAGCUCCUCCGCGGCUACAGCGGCUUGUUUGUGUGUUCGAAGCCGUCUCUGGGUGCAGUAAAGGAGGUUUAAAGUGUGAAAGAUGUCCGCAGAUCUGGAGCGGACUCCCCGGAACCUGCUGGUCUCGGAACGGUCCAGUUUCCUGGACCCGAAGAACCGGAUCAGCUCUCAGCUGGUACAGCUGCACUUCAACUACAAGGUGUGUGUGCUGCUACCUGAGUGUAGCUCCGCCCCCUCUCACCUGGACUCCGCCCUCAACACCUUCAGCUCUUUCUACCUGAUCAGGAAUCUGCCGCUCUACGAGCUGCUGGACACACACUUCCUGGAGACCGUACGCCACGGAGGAGUCUCUGGUCUGUCCUACAGGACCCGGCUGGAUGAAGAUAACUGCGUCGCUCUGAUGCCAAACGGCCGUCUGUCUCUCUCUCUGGAUAAAGACUCCUUUGAGUUGUUGGGAGUUGAAGGAAAACCGUCGAGAUUUAACCACCGAGCAAAGAGCCGAUUCGUGGUGUGUGUAGAUUUGACUGACAGCAGCAUGGCUCCAGGGGGGCGGGGCCACCAGAGACUCGUCACCGGUCUGACAUCACGACUUCCUCUCAAGACCGACUUUCUGAUGUCACUUCCUGCAGGGGGCGGAGCCUCGGUGCAGGCACUGCUGUCUCGCUACGACUGGUCAGAACACAGACCUGAGGUUAUCAGCUGCAGCCUGACGGACCUGCUGUGCCCCUCCCCCCUGACCUCUGACCCCUCCUCCCUGACCUCUGACCCCUCCUCCCCCUUGACCUCCGACCCCCACCGCCUGCUGGAGUGGCUGGGAGCUGUGCACGCCGCCGUCAGCUGUGAGAACUCGUCCAGCAGCUUCCUGUCCUCGCUGGUCUGUCCCGAGCCCAACAAGAAGCUGAGUCAUGCUCUGAGCGUCUCAGUCUGCGGACUGCUGAGUCAUCAAGAUGUCCAGAAACUCAUCCAGGAGAUCAGGGUGUACCUGUCUGUCUCUCCGCCCGGCCCGGCGUCCUGGGCGUCUGUGACUCUUCACGGUUUCGUGGACAGCCCCGUCUCAUGGGGGGGGGAGCAUGGCGUCCUGAGAGGAGGAGACAACUUCCUGAGUCUCACGAUGUUCCCCGAUCAGAGCUACCUGCUGCACCUGGCGGGGGGGGCACAGGACACCUGUCCUCCCUGAGACACCUGUCCCCCCCUGAGACACCUGUCCUCCCGCCAUCAGACACGUCCUCCCUCAGACACCUGUCCUCUCUGAGACACCUACACCUGUCCUCCCUCACACACCUGUCCUCGAUCACACACCUGUCCCCCCUGAGACACCUGUCCUCCCUCCAUCAGACACAUGUCCUCCCUCAGACACCUGUCCUCUCUGAGACACCUACACCUGUCCUCCCUCACACACCUGUCCUCUCUGAGACACCUGUCCCCCCUGAGACACCUGUCCCCCCUGAGACACCUGUCCCCCUGAGACACCUGUCCUCCCUGAGACACCUGUCCUCCCUGAGACACCUGUCCUCCCUCCAUCAGACACAUGUCUUCCCUCAGACACCUGUCCUCCGUGAGAUACCUGUCCUCCCUCACACACCUGUCCUCCAUCACACACCUGUCCCCCCUGAGACACCUGUCCUCCCUGAGACACCUGUCCUCCCUCCAUCAGACACAUGUCCUCUCUGAGACACCUACACCUGUCCUCCCUCAGACACCUGUCCUCUGAGACACCUGUCCGUCAUCACACACCUGUCCUCCAUCAUACACCUGUUCUCCCUCCAUCAGACACCUGUCCUCUGAGACACCUGUCCUCCAUCACACACCUUGAGACAUGCUGUGUAUUGUAAAUAUUGUUAAAAUAUAUAAUUAAAAUAAUUGAUAAGUACAAUACAAAGGGAGCAAAACAUAUAAACACCCCCCUUCCUUUCCUCACAGUGGUUUGGUCCACUGCUUGUAUUACCACACACGCACACACACACACACACACACAUACAGAGACACAG